CACCCCCAACGUUGUCUGUGGUGGCCGUGCCCGUCCUGCUCGGGCCGCCAGGCCGCCACCCUCCGCGUCCGCUGCCCCCGGGCCCGCCGCCGCGCGCCCCGCUGUUGGGCCAGCAUGUCGGGCCCCGGGCCGCGGGAGGCGCCCCAGGCGGGCGGGCCGGCGGGCCCCGAGGGCGCGGACGCGGCGCUGGGCGAGGCGGGGCUGAGCUUCACGACCACCGACCUGAGCCUGGUGGAGAUGACCGAGGUGGAGUACACGCAGCUGCAGCACAUCCUGUACUCGCACAUGGAGGCGGCUGACGGCGAGCUCGAGACGCGCCUCAACUCGGCCUUCCUGGCGGCCGCCGCGCCCGGGACGGCGGGGGGCUUCGCAGGCGCGGGGGGCGCUGCGGCGGGGGGCGCGGCGCCCGUCUACCCCGUGCUGUGCCAGCCCGCGCUGGCCGACGGCGGCUUCGCGGGCGCCAACCCAUGUCUGGGCCACAUCGACUUCCAGGAGCUGCGCAUGAUGCUGCUGAGCGAGGCGGCCGCGCCCCCCGCGCCCCCGGCCGAGAAGACGCCUGCCGAGCCCGGCCCCGCCCGCUCCAAACCCGACGGCGCCGGCAAGGAGAACGCGGACGGCGCCCCCGAGGCGCGGACCAAGUCGGCGGUGCGCGUCCGCCUGGAGGACCGCUUCAACAGCAUCCCCGCCGAGCCCUCGCCCGCCCCGCGCGCCGCGGAGCCCCCGGAGCCGGGCGUGGCGCUCAACAAUUUGGUCACUCUCAUUCGACAUCCGUCAGAAUUAAUGAAUGUUCCCCUUCACCAGCAACAGAACAAAUGUACGACAUUAGUGAAAAACAAGACCGCAGCCGCAGCCACGGCCCUGCAGUUCACCUACCCGCUGUUCACGACAAAUGCCUGCUCUGCAGGCUCAGGCUCCAAUAUUUCUCAGACACAGAGUUCUAGUAACUCAUGUUCAAUACUUGAAGCUGCCAAACAUCAGGAUAUUGGAUUGCCUAGAGCAUUUUCUUUCUGCUAUCAGCAAGAAAUUGAAUCCACUAAACAGACUUUGGGUAGUAGAAACAAAGCUUUGCCUGAGCAGGUUUGGAUUAAAGUGGGAGAAGAAGCGCUAUGUAAACAAGCAAUAAAUAAAAGAAAUCGGAGUCGAAUACGCCAGCUAGAUACAAACGUGGAACGAAGGGCCCUUGGAGAGAUCCAGAAUGUGGGUGAAGGCGCCUCAGCUGCACAGGGUGCUUGGCAGUCAGCAGAAUCCUCACAGUCCAACCUGGGGGAGCAGAGCCAGAGUGGACCACAGGGAGGGCGAUCGCAGAGGCGAGAGAGGCAUAACCGCAUGGAAAGAGACAGAAGGCGCAGAAUCCGCAUUUGUUGUGAUGAGUUGAAUCUUUUAGUCCCAUUCUGCAAUGCUGAAACCGAUAAGGCAACAACUCUUCAGUGGACCACAGCCUUCUUGAAGUACAUUCAGGAAAGACACGGAGAUUCCCUUAAAAAGGAAUUUGAAAGUGUAUUUUGUGGUAAAACUGGCAGAAGGCUAAAGCUGACCAGACCAGACUCCCUGGUGACAUGUCCUGCACAGGAAAGUCUACAGAGUAGUCCUGGAAUGGAGAUCAAGUGAUGACCGCAUCUGCACUCUGAUUCCUGGGAGGGGACCGGCCGUCCCUCGCUGACCAUGAACAUUUCCACAGUCCAGGGAGCUUUGCUCAGACAGUCUCACUCUAAUGGGAUGACUCAGGUUGAUGGGACUCCAGUGGGGACUUUGAAAGCACAUUUUGUAAAUAAUAAUAAUAAUAAUAUUUAUCUAGAACAAGAUACCUAGCCACUAAUGUCCUCUUAGACCAUUUGAGGAUGAAGACAUCUUGAUAAUUAGUAAUUUUCAAUUAUCUGUCGGUUCUAUCAUGUUUGUUUAACAUGAUAGCUUGAAAAAUUAACAUCCUUUGUAAUUUCUUUAGUCUUAAAAAGUACAUUGCUUUUUAUUUUAUUUAUAUUUUAAAUAUGCCCCAUUAGCAACUGGAAAAAGUUAAAUUGUCUUUAACUAGAAAUAGUUUGGAAAUUUUAUUUCAUUUGUUAUCACUUCCCCUUGUAAUGAUAACCAGCCACAAAACACUGUAUUACAAAUACAGUCACUUUAAGCCUUUUUUGAUAGAAAUUUUCCAGAGACAUCCGGUAAAGCUACUUUUGUCCAUAAAUGAAAUACAGUCUCAGUGGAUUCCUUCAGUGCCCUCAUUUCACAUUGAGAGUCAUUAUUUUCUGUGUAAUAAACUGUAGUGUUUGGAACUGA